AUCUAACAGUUUUAUUUAAAAAAACCUAAUUAUUAUCAAAGUUCAUAUAAUUCCUGUCUCAUGUUUGCUAGCUUACGUCGUAUAUUUUUACGUCAUUGUCAUCAUCUGUUUCGUUUUUCGCAGCUUAUGGAUUGUUCUCAAAACUUUCUGUUAUUCAUUUAUCUUUCUUAGAAAGGGAUUUAUUUUAUCGUCUUCUAAUUGAUAGAGAAUUUGACUUCAAAAUUAAUUUGAUUAGUUUUAAAAAAUUUUAAUGACUAUUAAAUAAAACACUACUGGUGUUUUAAAUUGAGAUUUUAUUGUAGUUGCAAAUCACCAAUAUUGUGUUGUCAUAUCAAGUGGUUUUAUCUUUCUAAAUUGUUUCUUUUUAGUUGUUUAAAUGUCAAUUGUGUUUUUGAUGCAUACAUGCAUACCUUCAAUGAAUUGUAUAGUUGAAAAUGAUCUCGUGUACAACGAAUGUCUGCUAAUGGUAUAUGAAACAUGUAUUAAUCCAUCAAUAUUUAGUACAUAGUUUGAAAAAAUAUAUAGAAUAUACUGUACAGUAAACUAUUAUAAUACUCGAGUGAUUUACCUGUAUGCUUCUUAUUGUUAAUUUAUCCAGUUCAUCAUCGUUUCUUUCUCAAAUCACGGUGUAUAACUAUUUUUCCAAUUGUAUACUAUCAACAAUUCGGAGAUUACAUCUGUUGAACACUAAAUAUCAAUCUAUAGCAUUCACGUUAUAUUUUACUGUUGAAAUUAUUUCCUUUACAUUAUUAUUUUUACUAAUUUCGUUAUUCUGGUGUAUCUAUCAGAAACGAUGUCAUGAUUCUUCUGGGCAAAAGGAAUCUGAACUUACAGUGGAUACAGAAAAAAUAAUACAUGUAGACAAAUCUUCUACGAUACAAAAAGAUUAUGCUUCAUUAACUAAUGCUGAAAAUUUAGACAACCUUACCAAUAAUAAAACUUCGCUGCUUGGACUUUUAAAAUUUUGCGGCAUUUCUACUGAUUGUUGCCCAAUACUUCAAUUGCAUACAAAAACUCCUGACAAUGUUGUUCGGUUGAAUUCACAAUAUGGUACAAACUCAUUGCAUGGUACUGUUGAUUCAGUUCAAGAAUCGAAGGAUUUGGAAUCUGUUAUAAAAAAGUUUCCCGUAUCACUUUCUCCAUCAAUCGCUAAUCGUCGAUAUCAGACACCUCCUCCACAUUUACUUACUUCUUCAUUCAUGGCAACCAGUCCACCAGUUGAAACUCAGUUGUAUCAUAUUCAACCUAAAGAAUUUGUAUUCACUCAAGCAUGUAAACCAAUGCCUAGUUCACUUAUGUUACAGAAUAAUAGUUUGGGUGCAUUCACACUUACUCCAACACAACUUUUGCACAAUCCACUCAUAUUAAAUACAUCAGCUGAUGUUUUACAUUCGCAUUGUACACCGUGCGAAUCACAAUCUGCACCAUGUAGUCAAACUUUAAUCACAACGCAACCGUUACCUUUAUUAAAUUUACCCUAUAGUCAUGUUACCUGUCCCAAUUCAGAUACAGUUACUCAGGAAUUAAAUCAGUCGUCAUGUACUAACACUACUAGUUGUACUGGUGGUAGUACACAAGUCCCGAAAACCUAUCCAGGCAUUGGAUUCACUGCGAGUCGUCGAGCGCGAUCCAAAGGUCUUUUGGAAAGUCGUAGAGGAUCACGUACAUCACUUACGUUAUCUUUAUCUCCGUCAAUUGAUUCCCCUACUCCUAGCUAUUCUGUAGGAUCAGCACAGUUUAGUGUAUUUGGUGGCAGUCUUGAUGAAGAUCCAUGCACAGCUGAAGUUUUGUCAGAAGAAAAUGAAUCUGGUAAUAAUAUUGAUUCUGUUAAUAAUAUUGAUAACUCAAACAUUUUACAUGAUAAUAGUAUGAGUAGUUCUAAUAAUAAUAAACAGGUAAACUCCCGGUGUAAUUAUUUACAAUCAUUAAAUUCUUUUUCACACACUACAAUUAUACCAAAACAACAACAACAAAAUUUCACGACGACUAUUUCACCAUUAACAUCUUCAUCUAGUACGUGCAAUAAUGGCAUUGUUAAUUCUCAACACAAUAAUUCAAUUAAUGAUACUCAAGUUGGAUUAAUUAAUAAAGGACAAUAUUUUGUGAAUAAUCGAUGUAAUUACAUGUGUUUUCAUCAUCAUCACCAUCAUCAUCAUCAUCGGCAUCAUUUUCAUCAUUUUGCUAUACAUCAUUGUAAAUUAGACACUGGUUUCCCUUGUUCAUUAGGCAAUUUAACAUGUCAACGUAAUCGGGAUUUAGAACAAUUAAUAAAUGCUAGCCUACCAUUAACGUACGAUCAAUUGAAAAUUAAACUACGCGAUAAUUCUACAGCUUUAUUUCAAGAGUUUUGGGAUAUUCCUAUGAAUCAUGCAGAUAAAAAAGAAUUGCCUAUACCUGGGAUUUGUCAUAAAAAUCGUUAUCAAUCUAUUCUUCCAAAUUUCUCAACUCGUGUUAUAUUACCUGUUAUCAACAAUGAUAUAACUUCCAGCUAUAUUAAUGCAAAUUAUAUUAAAGGUUAUAAAAGUCGCCCAAAUGCAUUUAUUGCUACUCAAGGUGUUAUGCCACAUACAAUAAAUGAUUUUUGGCGUAUGGUAUGGCAUUCUCAUGCACCGACCAUUGUUAUGAUUACGAAAUUAGUUGAAAAUAAAGAAGUUAAAUGUGAGUUAUAUUUACCUGAUUCUUCUGGUGAAGAGGAUGUAUUAUCAUUUGUGGAAAGUCAAUCAUUUACUACUAGUCCAUUAUUCAAAAGUGAUCCAUCCGCACCUGAUUUCGAUGCUAUGAAUAAUAAUACUAAUACUGCUACUACUACUACUACUACUACCAAUAAUAAUAAUAAUCCUUUAUCAACUGUAAAUAUUGUUGCAACAAAUAGUACACAGAUUACAAGUAUUUCAACUAAUCCAUUAUUACCAACUUUAUCAUCACCGUUCUUUUCACAAUCUUCAACAUUAUCAUAUCAUUGUGGGCAUUCGAAUGAUCAGUCCGAUAUUGAUACAGCUAAUAUUAGCUCACCUAUUUCAACUGGUUCUAUUAUUGCUACUACUGAACCAACUGGAAUUCUCCGCAGUGGAAUAGAUAUAUCAAAACAUUUACACGAUAGUGGCAUAGCAAGUGUAGAUGACCAAUCUUCAAUAACAGAUAAUAGUAAUGUAAUAUUUACUAACAAUAAUUAUAAAAAUAACAAUAACAUGACUGAUAAUCAAAACAGUGGAAAAUUAUCUAAUGAUCGAGGUAUAAAUUUUUAUCAAUCCAUAUCAUUGCCUGGUACCAGCAAAACAUUUGGAAAUAUAAGUGUUAGUGUGUUGUCGUUGGAAAGACAUGAUGGAUAUAUAGUACGUCAUCUGCGAUUAAGUUGUGGUACAGAAAAUAGAGAAGUUAUUCAUUUCUGGUAUGUUGCAUGGCCUGAUCAUUCAUCCCCUGAAGCUACCGCUUCUGUACGUAGUUUAAUUGAACUUGUACAAGCUGUUGAAACUUGUCGUAAAAAUGCUAGUUCAUCGUCAAAAGUAAAAUCAACGGAUAAAUCUGAAAUCGAUUCAAAUAAUACUGAUGAAGAUGUAAAUUUUACAUAUUGUAAAAAAUCACCAGAUUCUCAAUGUUUUCAUGCUUCAUCCUAUCGUCCUAAACUAAUUCCAUCUUUACAAAAAAUGGAAUUAGAUCAGUUGGAUCAUGAAGAUGCACCAAUUAUUGUACAUUGUAGCGCAGGUCUUGGACGUACUGGUUGUUUUAUUGCUUUAUGUAUAGGUUGUGAACAACUUGAAAAAGAAGGUAUGGUUGAUGUAUUAAAAAUAGUUAGUCGAAUGAGAUUAGAUCGUGGCGGUAUGGUACAAAGUAAUGAACAAUAUGAAUUUAUUCAUCAUGUUCUAGCUGCUUAUCCAUUAAAUAAAAAAAACCGUCAAUGUGAAUCAUCCUCAUUUACCUGUGAUGUAAAACAUAGUAGUAGUUAGUUAAUGGUUUAUUUAAUUACAUAAUAAAUUUUGCUUAUCAUUGUUCCUAUAUACUUUCAUUUAAUCAAGUCAUAUUAUGCACUAAAUUUCUACUGUGUAAAUACUUAAGCUUCCAUGCAUAUACUUUUUUAUAGCAUUUAUUGUUAUUAGCUAAAUGUUAGCAAUUAUUCCGAGAUUAGAAUGCAAUAUAUAAUAUAUAUAUAACUUGUAAAGAUACCUUAUAAAUAAAACAUUAUCAUUAUCAAAGUACUACAGUAAGAUUAUUGAUUAAUAUUCUAUAAAACUGCUCCAUUCUACUCGUUAUUUACUGUUAUUGGUAAAAUGAAUGACUUCCAUUCAUCAUUAAUUGACCAUUUACGCUGUGUUUGAUUUUAUUCAUUCAACUAUUCGAGUUAAAUUAACCAAUCUUAAAUCAAAUGCAAAAUUCCACCCACUCCCUAUCUGUCUGAAUUUGAUUGGCUAAUAUUUGUAUGAAUAGUAAUUAUCUAUAGUGGAUUAUACUUUUUCUAUACUAAUACUAUUGCUGCGUAUUAUUCUUAUAUGAAUAGGAAAGCUAAUAAAUACUUACCAAAAGAUGUACUCGUUAUACACGUUUUUAUGAAUAAAAUAAAGUUAACAGAAACUAUCUAACCCCUUGACUUUCAGUUAUCUUAUAUUCAAUGUAAAUUUAGUCAAUUAUUUUUUAUCUGUGAAUAUGUAUACAGUAUAUAUUAGUCUAUGAAGUUAUUGGAUACGAACUUUACUCUUCUUUUUUUAUUUUACGUCUAUAAUAUUCAAAACGUAUCAAAUACAAAAUUAUUAUAAUUUAAUGUUUAUUUAUAAAAUUGUUUGUCUUAUUAUCAAAAUAAGAAAUUGAAAUUUUUCUUGAAAGACAUCUUAAAUCUUCUGUUUAAAACUUAGCAAUGAAUGUUGCUUUUAUAUUUUGUGAAUAGAAAUUAUUUCAAAUUUUGUGUAUUAUUUAUUAUCCAGAAUAUAUAUACUACAAUGGACUAAUGAAGUCCUAUGAAUACUAAGCUACUCCAUCAGAUUGAUUAAUAAAACUCAGUUGUAUUUGAGAACUUAGUCUUAUUCUCCAAUGUGUUUGGCAAUUGUUAAUUAUUUAUUCUCCCUGAUUCUUCUCUCUUCACUCAUCACUAAACAUUUUUUCCCUUCUCCCUGAUUAAAGUAAACCCACACACUCUUCGUAUGAUAAUUUAAUAGUUACAUAAGUAUUAGUUGGUGUGUACAGAUUAUGUAAAAAAAAUGCCAGGCAAUUUGUAGUAACAAAGGAAUUUUUUCUAACAAAAUUUAUUCAUUUGAUUUCCUAUGAUGGUUACACAAAUCCACAUGAUGUAAUUUGUUUUAUUUCGCUACCAGUUCGUUUAAUUCACGUGUUCAUUAAUCGAUUGGAAUACACAAUAUAUCUAUGGGAAAAAUGUGACGUUUUUUGCCACAUCUUACGUUUCAUCACACUUUAAGAAAUGUUUAUAUUCAUUAUUUUACAUUUGUUUGUCAUGGUGUGAGUAAUUAAACAUACACACAUAUAUACAUAUGCAUAAAUAUAUAUACGUACAUAAAAAUGAGCAAAUUAUUAUUAACACUGUCUCUGAUAAUAAUAUUUAAUUAUUUCUAUUUUUUAUAUGACUUAUUCUUAAGGAGAGAUUUAUUUGUUAGAAUAAUAGAAAAACAAGAGUAAUUUUCACUUUUCAUCUCAUUCAUAGCUGCUGUGUGCUGCGCAUUUUGUUUUAUCUUUUAUCUACUUGUUUUUUUUGGCGUUUUCAUUUUUUGCCGGUCUCUCCCGUUUUAUUUUUACUAUACGGUUGUUUCUGUUUUUUUUGUUUCGUGUUCUUUCUCCCUGAUUUCGUGGUUCUGUUCUUAAAAUAAUAAACAAGGAAAGAAGAAACUGGAAGCACAAAAUAAGUGGGAGAUAAAACAAAAACAUUAGAUUUAUCAUUGAUAUUGAAAUUUGUCUUUCAAUUUGAUCUUUUUUUAGUUGUUUUGAUAUAAUCGAUUACUUGAAGGAGGGUGAGAAAGGUGAUAGUCGUAUAUAAUUGUUGUCUAAGUUACCUUGAGCAACUUAGAUUUACAAAAAAUGAGUUCACUCUUCAAGGCUUACUUCUUAUCACGUGUAGAUUAAUUAAAUCAUUUGACCACAAAUAAAAAUGGCCAUAAAGCGAAAACAAACUGUUAGAUUAUGAUUUUUUUACCAGCCAAGUGAUGGAAAAGUUCGAAAUAAUUUAAUUCUAUGUGAUUAUCAAUAAAUUGUAAAUGUUGUUGUUC